AUUCAUUGAUGAUCAAGACACAAGUUGGAAAGCCUUUAUCCAGAAGAUGUGAUGGGCGAUAUGAUGAGAUCGUCCAACAUCGUGUGUCGCGUUGAUCAUGCCCCCUUUGAUUUGUCACCGAGCUUGUCCUGCCGACUUGGAAAUGUGCGGCUGGGCGACCGCUUUAUGGAGGUGUUCUAGAGGCGAAGGCUUGGGGAGCGAAGGAAGGAAGCCGUAAUAGAAGUGCGUGACAUUGAAGACCUGGCAGCGAAGCGUAAAUGCUGCGAUCCAUCAUUAGCAGAGUUACUACAGAGAGCAUCCAGAUGCGAUUAGGGCCGAGCUCCUGAAAACGCGCAGCGCUGCCACGGCCGAUGGGAAAGUCAAUUUCUGUUCUCGACAGAGGUCGAAUCAAGCUCCGCAGCGAGUGAUUAGAGGUCAAGAGGUCGGCUUCAGAGCCGGCCUAAGUGGCCACCACCUUCGGCAGGCUCACAUUCCAAAGCUGCUGCUGCGAGCGCCCAACACCAACUCCAACACCCACAGCGAGCGAUCUCGCUCAUAAACGGCCCUCUUCAUUUCUCAUCCUCUAUUCUUGGAGUCGUCAUGGCUCAUGUUGACACUGGUCAUAAAUGUGCCAGCCCUCCGAAUUGUUCUCCGACACCCUCUGCGUCUAUUUAUAAGCUUCCGCACUUAUUAAUAGUGGACAAGGCCGGAAAUUCUUUGUCUGGCGGUCUUCAAUGGAGCUCGCAAUUUUCUGUCACUGUUUGUUUGUGCCUCUUGGUAUUCUUCUCGAAAUCUCUAUAAAUAGG